UCUCUCGGAUGCUGCGGCCAGUUUCUGUCGCUGUCACGAUUGCGGAACGAAGCUCAGGGGAAAGAACCGGACGAAUUGCGGCGUACUGGUACGCGCGUGUUUUCCGUCAUUAAUUGUGCCUCCAAGAAUCGUUGUACGUUCAUAUGAUCUUGUAGUCGGCCAAUAUAAUUGCGAGUGUGUGCUAACCAGCCCCCACAGCGCACGGUCAUUAAUCAACACUUAGCACAUGCCACCACCUGGCCUGGGCUGCGUCUUUUCCUAGGAGUCACCUGACUGCCCAUCUGCCCAUGCCACAGGAUGCCAGGUAAACAAGGACACACACAGACACUCACACGCCCUCUCAAGCUAAUCCCGCACCCAUGACAACAGGUUGUCACUGGCUCUGGCCUAAGACGAAUUUGAUGAGCCCCAGUUCGGGGCAUUAUGAAAACAUUGUUUGCGAGAAACCUUCAAUCGAAAAGACAUAAGCAGAAAAACCGUCGGAAAAAACGAUAAAGCGCAAACUUCCAUCAAUUCGAAUUUAAAACGAUACAAAAGGAAAAACAAACACUCGUCCAGGUCCAUGGCAGUCAAGAUGCUGCCCGUAAACACAUCCAGCUUUAGCCCCCUGGCAGCCGACUUUCAGAUGUUUCAAAACGAGAAGUUCCUCUUUAAUCUGACUCAAGAGCUGAACAUUUCGGCGGAUAACCUGACAAGCCUACUGCAGGGCCUGGGAACACAGGAGGCGCUACCUCCAAUGUCCCUCCUGGCCGCUCUGAGUGUGGGCUAUGGCCUCAUCUUCGUCGCCGGGGUGCUGGGCAAUCUCAUAACCUGCAUAGUGAUCUCUCGCAACAACUUCAUGCACACGGCCACGAACUUUUACCUGUUCAACCUGGCGGUAUCCGACAUGAUCCUUCUGUGCUCAGGCAUGCCCCAGGAUCUGUACAAUCUCUGGCACCCUGACAGCUAUCCAUUCAGCGAUACUAUCUGCAUCCUAGAGAGCGUUUUCUCGGAAACGGCGGCUAAUGCCACGGUCCUUACCAUAACCGCCUUCACCGUGGAGCGCUACAUUGCCAUUUGUCAUCCGUUCAGGCAACACACAAUGUCCAAGCUGUCGCGCGCCGUUAAGUUCAUUUUUGCCAUCUGGAUUGCCGCCCUCUUGCUGGCCCUCCCACAGGCCAUCCAGUUCUCGGUGGUGGUGCAGGGCGUGGGAUCGUCGUGCACGAUGAAAAACGACUUCUUUGCCCAUGUGUUUGCUGUGUCGGGCUUCCUCUUCUUUGGCGGUCCCAUGACAGCCAUCUGUGUGCUGUACGUCCUCAUCGGGGUGAAGCUGAAGAGGAGCCGUCUGCUGCAGGCGCUGCCACGACGGUGCUUCGACGUUAACCGUGGCAUAAGCGCCCAGACGCGCGUCAUCCGGAUGCUGGUGGCUGUAGCGGUGGCCUUCUUCAUCUGCUGGGCUCCCUUUCAUGCACAGAGAUUGAUGGCGGUUUAUGGCUCCUCCUCGGGCAUAGAGUCCCAGUGGUUCAACGAUGUGUUCAGCGUUCUCGACUACACCUCCGGCGUGCUCUACUUCCUCUCCACCUGCAUCAACCCGCUACUGUACAACAUCAUGAGCCACAAGUUCCGCGAGGCCUUCAAGGUAACCUUGGCGCGCCACUUUGGACUCUCGGGCAAGAACCCCAGCCGGGGACUGCCCCACACCUACAGCGCGCUGAGGCGCAAUCAGACGGGAUCUCUACGGCUGCACACAACGGAUAGCGUUCGCACAACGAUGACAUCUACGACGACAACUACGACAACCGUGCUAAAUGGCAGCAGCAAUGGGGCAGCGGGAAAUCUGGGGCGCUCCUCUCAACGCCUGAAUCGAGUCUCCUUGGACAGCUCGCAGAGUCAGAUUCCGAGUCAGAGUCAGAGUCAGAUUCAGAGCCAGGCACAGAAUCGCAGCAGGCAGGAUCUGUUUGAACAGCAGUCCCAUCCGCAUCCGCAUCCGCACUCGCACCCACGUCGCACUCUGCAAUCGCAAAUAUCGCAGUUGUCAUCGGUGGGCGAUGCCCACUCGCUGCUGGAGGCGGACAUACAGUGGCCGGAGGAGCAGGCACCAGCGACACAAAUGCAAUUGCAGCUGCAACCACCCAUGUGCUCCAUUGAUGAGCUCAGCUGUCAGUCGGGGGCAGACGAUGUGGGAGUCUCUCGCUCCCGCCUGAAACUGACGCGUAUAACGCGGGGAGGCCAUCAGCUCUCGCAGCCAGGGGGCGUAGAUAUUGGCGGUGUGGCAAACGAGGCAAAUGGCAAAGUGCGCAAGCCAAAAGCGAAAGCGCUCAAGAGCUCCAGUGCCCUCAAGAGUCUCAGGGCCAAAUUGAAUUGGCGUGCCAGACGCAAAGGCAGCCACAAGCCACAGACCAGGACGAGCUCAGGCGAGGUCUCGAGUGAGCGAGCCGGCUACUGAGGAGCCGCUUAUCGGGCUCGGUCCGGGCGGCAGACACACUACUGUGAUAUGAGCAGCAAGUCCUCUCCAGCUUGCUUUUGUUUCUAGACAAAAUAUUCCAAGUUCGGUCAAUUAGUUGUCCAUAGUCAUAAUUUACGAACAUAGCUGUAGAUAGAUCAAUGCAUGGUCAGACCUUUCCCAGUCCCAAUAAACUAGUCUGUUCUAUUUCUUCAA